GUUUUCAAGCAUGCGUCGCUAUGAUUCGUCCCCAAGCAGCCUCGUCGAGGCCGCAACGUGCGUAUGGAGUCAAUACUACCCAGAAGACCACAACAUCGGCAUCCGCCAACCAGGCGAGACUCGCUCAGCGCAAUACUACAGCCCCAUCAGCGACACCGACGGCCGUUUCCAGGCGGCCAUGACCUUCCUCAACUGUUUCCGUGACGGCGAGCAAUGGGCGCCACUACUGCAAGUAAUACGCCAACGCCUGCAGCACUAUGCUGUGUGUGACCUGACCCAGGCGAACGUGACGGUGGUGUGGCUACACUAUACAGAGCUCAUUCGCACCGGGACGGCAGAUUUUGAGCGAGCAGUGACCGAGAACAUCGAAGACGUGCUGCUUUGUCUCGGUAUCGCUCUCUGUAUGCGUCGUCAUGAGCUUCGCGUGGAGGCGGAAGAGGAUAUUACUAGGAAACGAAGUAUGCCGGUGGACCGUACCAAGAUCACGGUUCGACUACACGGAGUGACGCCGGUACUGCCCAUUGCAGCAUUGAAAGCAGAUGUGGUGAACCAGUUCGUAAGUGUCGUGGGGACCGUGGUGAGAGUGAGCGCCAUUAAGCCGCUGGUCACGAGGUGCGACUUCGUCUGUGCCAAAUGCAAUGAAGCCACGUCGCGAGCCUUCCCGGACGGGAAGUUUAUUCCACCGCAGAGGUGUGAGAACUCUCCGUGUCGAGGACGGACGUUGCUACCGAAUCGAUCAUCAGUAGAUACCGUGGACUACCAGAAAAUUAAGCUGCAGGAGAUGGAGACAACAGACGUGGGUCCUGGUCGCAUGCCUCGAAUGAUCGAAGUAGAAUUGUACGAAGAUCUUGUGGACUCCUGUAUCCCUGGUAAUGUGGUGACGAUCUCCGGCAUCGUCAAGAGCAUCAACUCGGAGAUUCACGAAGGCAGAUACGGCAAGCGUGCACAGGCAAAUAGCCUGUAUAUUCUGUACGUCAGUGCCAACUCGGUGGAAAACUCGGCUAAGGUGGACAAAGAUAAGGACCGAGCUUCGGACAUUGAUUUCACUAAGGAAGACCUGGAGCAAAUCAGCCACAUCAUCAACCAGGGCAACGUCUUCGAUCGCCUCGUGCACUCGCUGUGCCCCGGAAUUUAUCGGAAUGAUAUCGUAAAAGCAGGUUUGAUCCUCGCAUUACUCGGUGGAACGCGGAAUUCGGACGAGAAAGACACCACGUGUGUACGCAGAGCAGAUUCCCAUGUGCUGGUUGUUGGAGAUCCUGGUCUGGGUAAGAGUCAGAUGCUUCGAGCUGUAUCCAUGGUAGCGCCACGAGCUGUCUAUGUCGGUGGAAACACAACGACAACGACAGGAUUGACCGUUACAAUGGUGAAAGACGGAUCUGGUGACUACGCGCUGGAGGCUGGAGCUCUCGUUCUGGCAGAUCAGGGUGUGUGCUGCAUUGACGAGUUCGAUAAAAUGGGAAUCGACUAUCAGGCGCUACUGGAAGCCAUGGAGCAACAAAGUAUCAGUAUUGCCAAAGCAGGAAUCGUUUGCAAUUUGAAUGCGCGGACAUCAGUCAUCGCCGCUGCAAAUCCAAGCGGUGGCCACUACGAUCGCAGUCGGUCGGUUGGAGAAAACCUCAAAAUGAAAGCUGCACUACUGUCUCGCUUCGACCUGGUCUUUAUCCUGUUGGACCGACCAGAUGAAGAAAGAGAUCGACUGUUGUCAGAGCACGUGAUGAACUCACAUGCACGUGGCAAGCAAAAAUCAAGAAAAAGGACGCGAGAUAGCAGUGCUACGACCUCUUGGAGCUCCAACAGCUACGUUGACGAACCCGUAAAUGGAUACGAAGACAUUCAAGAGUCUGGACGUCGUAUGCUGUCACACCGUCUGCGUCAGAACGCGUCCGAGUACAGUAUGAACCCGGUCCCCCUUUACUUUGUACGUAAGUUCAUUGCCUACGCUCGUCGAUAUGUGCAUCCACGGCUGUCGUCCGAAGCCGCUGCUGUCCUCCAGAAGAAGUACCUGGAGCUGCGUUCAGCGGGCGAAGGUCAACAGAAUCCGACGGACAGUAUUCCGAUUACAACACGUCAGCUCGAGUCGAUGAUUCGUCUGUCCCAAGCUCGUGCUCGAGCCGAACUCGCUGAAACGGUAUCCGCUGAACACGCACAAGACGUCGUUGACAUCAUGCAGGAGUGUCUGCUGGACACGUACACUACGGAGGAUGGGAACCUGGACUUCGGACGCAGUGGAGGGAUGAGUCUGGCCAAGAAGGUCAAGGCCUACGUCGCAAGACUCAUGAAAGCUGCAGCCAGGCGCAACACUUCGUUGUUUUCAAUGGAAGACUUGCUCGAAGUUGCUGACAGCAUGGGACUCAAGGUGGAUGACUUCCGUGACUUCGUUGACAUCCUACGGAACGAAUGUUAUUUACUCAAGAAAGGCCCAGGACAGUUCAAAGUGCAAGUUUCAUCGUACAACAUGAUGUAGCCAAUUUUGACUGCAUGACAGAGAUCUAGAAUUACUAUCGCUCACUAUCGUUCACGAACGUGGGCUUUUACUAGUGGUUAUUUU